UCUCUCUCUCUCUCUCUCUCUCUGUCGGUCUCCUCCCGCCUGUUGUUGUUGUUGUUGCCGCGUUGAUCAACAGCAGCAAUGUGGUGCAUCAACUGCGCUUCGGACAAAACGCCCGCGAUCCUUCACAACAAGCUGCUGUACUGUGUGGAGGGCGACCCUCAGUGUCCGGAGGCGCUCACUUUUACUGAUUCGUCCUUCGGCCAUCCGCCUCCCUUCCAUCGCUAUAGCAACAGCCCCCUCUCCAGCCCCUGUGACCCCUACAGCUCCGCCUCCACCAGCGGGCCCCUGGGAGCCUCCCACACACACACACAGGGUAUCUCUCCCGUCUCUCCCCCCAGCCCGGCGAGCCUCGCCUGGGCUCAGCGCAGCCGACACCAGCCGGCCAGCCUGGCGCUCCGUAAGCAAGAGGAGGAGGAGAGCAAACGCUGCAAGGCUCUAUCUGACAGCUAUGAGCUCUCUACAGACCUCCAGGACAAGAAGGUGGAGAUGCUGGAGAGGAAGUACGGCGGCCAGUUUGUGUCCCGGCGGGCGGCGAGGACCAUCCAGACGGCGUUCAGGCAGUACCGCAUGAACAAGAACUUCGAGAGGCUUCGCAGCUCCGCCUCAGAGAGCAGAAUGACGCGUCGCAUCAUCCUGUCCAACAUGAGGAUGCAGUACUCGUUUGAUGAGCGUCAGCCGCAGGGUCAGGGGUCAGCAGGUCAGCAGGGGUCCGAGGACGCAGGAGACAUGGACGACUCCUUCUCCAAGCAGGUUAAGUCUCUGGCCGACUCGAUGGAUGACUCCCUCACCUGUCAGUCCGGCCGUGAAGACUCGCAGGAAGCAGGAGGAGAGGGAGAGGACGACGACGACGAUGAGGAGGAGGGAGACGAGGAAGAGGAGGAGGAGGAGGAGGAAGGGGAAGAGGACGAGGAGGAAGAUGAGGAUGAAGAUUACAGAGAGUGUGCGUGGCGGAACAGCAGCGCUUCCUCCCGGCGUGUGGCGGGCCGGCCGGGAGGGGUGGGGGGAGGAGGAGGAGGAGGAGGGAGGAGAGGAGGCGCAGGAGGAGGCGCAGCCAUGCACGAGGACAGCACCGCCACCUCCUUCAGCGAUGUCACCCUCUACAUGGACGAGGGCUGCCUCCCCUCCUCGCCGCUCUCCCGCCCCGCCUCCAGCUCCGACACAGAGUACUGGGGAGGAGGAGGGGGGGGAGGCGCGGGGGGGAGGGAGGACAGCCGAGAGACGGAGGGAGGCAGCAACGCCAGCCGGAGGAGCAGCACCCCCUGCACCGAGUGUCGGGGGGAGUACAGAGGGAGGGCAGGAGGAGGAGGAGGAGGACACCUUCCUGUCCUGACCAUAGAGCCGCCCAGUGACAGCUCAGUGGACAUGAGUGACAGGUCGGAGCGAGGCUCUAUCGGACGCCUGGUGUACGAACAGGAGCCGUCGGGAGCGGAGCGAGGAGGAGAGAGGGAGAGGAGGGGAGGAGGCGAAGGAGAGAGCGGAGAGGAUGAACGAGGAGGAGGAGGAGGAGGAAGCAGCGAGGCCGACUCUCCGCAGGGAACCAUCAAACACAAACCGAACGGCCGCUCGGUCGCCACAGCGCAGGGACAGACCCGCAGCCCCGCCGCCGUCCCCCUGCCGAUGCCCUCGGCCCGGACCCUGCCGUCACACCCGCUCCCUCACCCGCUCCAGCACGCCCACCCCCACCCCCACCCCCACCCUCACCCGUCUCCCAUCCCCCAUCUCCCCACCAUCCUCCACCACCACCACCCGCAGUACAGCCAGCCGCACAUCCUGCACAUGCACCACGGCCACGGCGGCCCCUACAUCCAGCACGCGCACCACUUCGCCCAGCACCACUACCACCACCUGCACCACCAGCACCACCACCUCCCCCACGCUUACCCAGAACCCCCCUCUUCCCCGCUGCCCUCCCCCGUACCGCCGCUCACACCUCUCUCGCCCCUGCCGCCGCCGCCGCUCACGCCCUCGCCGCUGUCCUCCUCCUCCUCCUCGGCGCUCCCCAACAUGGAGGCGGCGCAGCAGCAGCAGCACCACGCCCACCUCCACCACCACCACCACCUGCUCUGCUCGGACGGAGACAACGAGAGCGUCAACUCCACCACCACCAACUCCAACGACGACACCACCGUCAACAACUGCAGCUCCGGCUCCUCGUCGCGCGACAGCCUGCGGGAGCCGAUCGGAGGAGGAGCCACGCUGGGGAAGCAGACCUAUCAGAGAGAGAGCCGCCACAGCUGGGACUCGCCCGCCUUCAACAACGACGUGGUGCAGCGGCGGCAGUACCGCAUCGGCCUCAACCUGUUCAACAAGAAGCCUGAGAAGGGGAUCCAGUACCUGAUCGAGAGGGGCUUCGUGUCGGACACGCCGGUGGGCAUCGCCAGGUUCAUCCUGGAGAGGAAAGGACUGAGCAGGCAGAUGAUCGGAGAGUUCCUGGGCAGCCGGCAGCAGUUCAACAAGGACGUCCUCGACUGUGUUUUAGAUGAGAUGGAUUUCUCAGGGAUGGAUCUGGACGACGCUCUGAGGAAGUUCCAGGCUCAGAUUAAAGUGCAGGGUGAAGCUCAGCGGGUGGAGCGGCUGGUGGAGGCCUUCAGUCAGCGGUACUGUGUUUGUAACCCGGUGCUGAUCCGGCAGUUCCAGAAUCCAGACACCAUCUUCAUCCUGGCCUUCGCCAUCAUCCUCCUCAAUACGGACAUGUACAGCCCCAACGUUAAGCCGGAGAGGAAGAUGAAGCUUGAGGACUUCAUCAAGAACCUGCGGGGUGUAGAUAACGGUCAGGACAUCCCCAGAGACCUGCUGGUGGCCAUAUAUGGAAGGAUCCAGAAGUGGGAGCUGAGGACCAACGAUGACCACGUGUCCCAGGUCCAGGCCGUGGAGAGGAUGGUGGUCGGCAAAAAGCCUGUGCUCUCCCUGCCUCACCGCCGGCUGGUUUGCUGCUGUCAGCUGUUCGAGGUUCCCGAUCCGAACCGAGCUCAGAGGAGCGGCGUCCACCAGAGAGAAGUCUUCCUGUUCAACGACCUGCUGAUGGUGACGAAGAUCUUCCAGAAGAAGAAGACCUCGGUGACGUACAGUUUCAGACAGUCGUUUCCUCUGGUGGACAUGCAGGUCCACACCUUCCAGAACACCUACUACCCUCACGGUAUCAGACUGACGUCGGCGAACCCCGGAGGAGAGAGGAAGGUGCUGAUCGUCUUCACGGCUCCGAGCCAGCAGGACCGAGCUCGCUUCACCUCCGACCUCCGAGAGAGCAUCGCAGAGGUCCAGGACAUGGAGAAGUACCGAGUGGAGUCUGAACUGGAGAAGCAGAAAGGUGUGAUGCGUCCAGGUGUGUUAACGGGGGGAGGACCAGGAGGCGGGGGGGUGCCGGGCGGCGGGCCCAACGCCGGCGGCGUGCCCGUAAAGGGCGAGGUGGUGAACGGCACCAUGGGUAGGCCGAGCCUCGAUGACACGUACGCGUCAGUGGACGGACUCAAACGCACGGCGCUCAGCUCGUCACUGAGAGACCUCUCAGAGACAGGGAAGCGAGGUCGUAGGAACAGUGUGGGCUCAUUGGACAGCACCAUUGAAGGUUCCAUCAUUAGCAGCCCCCGGCCUCACCAGCAGCGCCCCCUGCCGGCUGGAGGUCUGUCCUACAGCCCCAUGAUGGUCCCUUCGUCUCCAGCAGCUUACCGGCCGCACCGCCCUACUCAGAGCCCCGGUACGGGGGUGGGGGGUGGGCCGGGGCUCUGUCACAACCAGGGAGGGGUCAGCACUUCCCCACUCGUGAGCGGGGGAGGGGCUGGGCUCGGAGGAGGGAUGGUGGGUGGGGGAGGACCGACUGGCGGCGGCCUGCUGGGGAAUUUCUUCGGCAGCCGCAGAGGCAAGGUUCCUGGUCCCCUGACGAUGACAUCACCCACACCGCAGGGUCCCCCGAGUCCCCUGAUGAUAUCAUCACCCCCCCAUUACCCCGCCCCCGCACCUCCCAUCCCCCACCCAUCCUCCCCUUCCCCAUGCCCCUCCCCCUCGGCCAACCUCGGCCAGUCGGACUCGGGAGGAGUUGGAGGGGGAGGAGGUACGGGAGGGGCGCCGUCCAAGCUGCAGGCUCUGCACGCCCAGUAUUGCCACGGCAACAGUGGAGGAGGCGGAGUCAGUGUUACUGGGCACCAGCAGCAGCAGACCCCCCCCCCACCUUACCACCAUCAUCACCGCUACCACAUGCAGAGCGUCCCGCAGCACCACGUCCUCUCGCACAGGGUCUCCGUGCCGCGGCGGCAGGGCCCGUCCGGCUGCGCUCCCUCUCAUACCCAGCAGCAUCAGAGGAUCCAACACGGCGCCGCCCACCCGCGCUACAUAGGCUCGGGAUUCAUCACGCCCCCUCCGCUGUCCCCGCACUCCCCCAUCACCCCCACUACCCCACACGGACUCUACCACUCGCACCCCGCGGCGGGGAGGCCAGGUGGCGGCGGCAAGCUCCCGCUGACCAUCUCGCACUCGCAGCCCCACCCCCACGCUCACACACACUCUCACAACCACGCCGUGCACACACACUCCCCGCUCAGCCCCUCCCCCUCCGCCUCCACUCACUUCAUCUUCUCCACCCCGCCGCCCCAGACUCCCUCGGCGCGCCUUGUCAGCCAGACGCCGCCGCAGCCCUACGGCCCCCAGUACCCGCCCCUCUCCUCCAUCCCACCUCCCCCGCCGCACUCCCCCUUACCUCCCCCGUCGAACGCCCCGCUCUCCCCGCACCCAGGGGCGGCGGGCGGGCAAGGGGGCGGCCCCAAAUCGAAACCCGUCAGUCGGAUCAGCACAGUCGUGUGAGGAGGCAGAAGACGAGGGCGGCGGUUCGCCACCCCGCCGUGAGCCACCGGGGGGCGGCGGUGAGAGGGAGCAGGAGGGGGAGGAGGAGAGGAGGAGGGCAGGUGCAGGUGUAUCAAAGCGGCCGUCUGGUGAGGAGGAGAGCACUGAGAGCGGGGAAGAGGAAGUUACUCAGCCUGUGUUAUUUUCACAUCCACUUCCCGCGCAGGUAGACGGACUCUCACGCUGAACGGCGACGGCGGCUCGUAGCCUGCCGCGGCCAAACUGCCCACAGAGCAACACCGAGAACGUAAAUCACGGCGUUUUCAGUCAAAACGAAGCUGAAGAAAAACUCCCACACAGCUGUGUCUCGGUGAGAAUCUCCUCACCUUCCCUUCGUUGUGCCCUUCUGAGGACAUGUUUGUAGUUCUUCACUGACAGAGGAAGUGUUUAUGUCACAUUGUGAGUCUCUGCGGUGGACAAAUGGUUCAGGGACCAGAUUUGAAGGGAACAGUGCCUGAGAAUUUAACACAAGGGUUAGCGCUCGAUGCUAACACUAUGUACCAUCUUAGUUGAGGGGACAGUUCAGGUUUUAAGGAAGCCUGAGUCCUUUUACUAUAUUCCAAAAAUCACACUCGUCUUGCACCGCUUUGUUUUUUUUCGCACAAAAAGCACCUGUACCAUUGUUUUGGUUGUUGACAUAUUACAAGCCAUGAGGUGUUCCUGAGAAGCAGAGGUGGUUGGUGUUAAUAUGGUGCAGUUUCUGUGUCUUAGACAGGCAUGCAUGACCUGUGCAAUAGCUAAUGAGUGUCAGUGUGUCUAUGGUUGAAAUCCUAUAUGCAGGGGAGGGACGUGUUGUGAUUUGAAGCCCCAAUCCAGAGUUUAUUUGGCCAUAAAAAAGUGCAUUUGUGAAGGUUACUGAAGACUUUGCUUUCUACAUUUGUUGUUCAAAUUCUAAAUAAGCCAUUGAAAUAAAAACUACAGGUGUUUUUUUACAUUUGUGUUUUGCAAAAACUACUAAUGAGGGCAAAACUCUCAAAGCCUUUAGUGUUUGUGGGUUACAGGGUUUCAGCAGGGUGCACUAUGUUGUUGUUGUUGUGGAUUGGGACAUUAAAAUUGGCAUUUCUAAUACUUUAUUCUUGUAAAGGGGGAUUUAUAUGAUCAUUUGUACUAAACCAGUGAAUGCUCCCCCUCAAGUAUCCCAAUAUAUAUGAAAGUGUAAGCCUGAAUCUGUCAGAAAUUAUAAUAUAUGUCAACUGUAUUUCAUGCUCUAUAUUGUGUGUGACCCUCUAUGUUGCCAGGGAAGGAGAUUACACUCAAAGGUGCCAAACAGGGUGCAGUCUGGGAAACAGAGUCUUUUGUGUCACUGGCUUGUCAACCUUUGAUGAAGCCUGAGAGCUACAGAACCUAAACACAGUCACUCAGUCACUGACACAGGCUCAGUGUUAUGUCAGGUUACAUUAAACAAGUUCUAUAAUGUGACUCUCUGUACAUUUCCCUAAAAGAUAGAAUCCUAAAAAUCUGGGUGGGAAGUUAAAAUUAAAAAGGUUUUACCCAGUUUCGAAAAUCACAAUUUAGCAUCGACCAAACAAUAAUAAUUUUUAAGGAUGGUUGGUUAACCGAUGUCUGGAAUAGCCUGAAUGUGCAGGUGUUGGACAUCAGCGUCAGCGUCUCCUGAUGCACAUGAACGUCAUGUAUAUGUGGACAGCAGGGGGCAGUGUUACAUUUACCAAACCUAAAUAUACGCAAAAAAAAAACAAA